AUAAAAUGACCGGCAAAGAAAGAAAUCAGCGCACACGCGUCUCUACCCUCGCUCGAUUGGAAGAAAGCCCCCACCUUUUGUACGGGCACGUCUCUCCUUCUUAGCUCGCAACAUCCGAUACCGAUUUCUCUCUCUCUCUCUUGAUAUCGAAAGCUCCCCUCCUUGGAAUCUCUAUCGCUGUCUCUGAUAUGCCCAUCCCUUCUCUGAAAAAAGAGGAGAAAAAGAUGAGCCUUGCAUGCUUUCCCUGUCUGUCGUCGCUUCAAAAAUCGUAUUUUGAGGCAGCGAACUAGCGAAGGCUUAAAACCAAAGAGUGUUUUUUGUUUGGAGUUUGAACCCUUCGAUCACUGGCCAAGGCUUUUAGAUUUGAAGAAAGGAAGAAAGUGGAACCGCUUUCCUCUAUUUCUACUCGGACUUACUUUGUUCCGUUUCUUUACUGUUGUUUCUUUUGCGGCUUCCUGUUUCAAAAAAGGAGUUCUUUUGGCGUUCUUAGCUUGUUUUAAAAUUCUCGGUGAGUUUCAGAAGAGCUUGUGUUUGUUCAAGCUUCAAUUUUGUUUCUCUCAAAGAAAGUGAGAAAGGAUGGACAAAGAUGUUAGAAGAGGGAGAUGUUUUGGAGAUAAUGAAGAGAGAAAACUGGAGUUGAGGCUUGGACCUCCUGGUGAAGACUGGUUAGAAAUCAAGGAGGAAAAUGAAAAAGACCACAUUUUUAACUCAGUUCUCUCUUUAAGUCCCUUCUCCAAUGCUUCUAAACCCAUGGCCGCUCACCUUUCUGCUGGAACGAAGAGAGGUUUUUUUGAAAGCAUUGAACCCAAGGCAGAAGCUUUUCAGCAGCAGGAGCAAGCAGAUUUUCUCCAUUUACAGAGCAAAUCAGAGUUAGAAAAGGAAAUAUCACAGAGGACAACUUGUGGAACAGAUCAAAAGCUAUCUCUUGAAGUAAAGAAAUCUUGUCUUCCACUACCAAAAUCUUCUACUACUUCUGGGACUGUAGCUGUAGCUCAUAACAGGCCUCAGAUAAGGGCUGCUUCUACUCCAGUUGUUGGUUGGCCUCCAAUUCGGUCUUCUAGAAAAAAUCUUGCCAGUUCUUCAAAACAAACGGUUGAAUCUGAACCUGGAAGCUCAGAGACGAUGCCGAAGCCCGCAACCAUUAAGAAAAAUUUCUUUGUGAAAAUCAACAUGGAAGGCAUUCCCAUUGGAAGAAAAAUAGAUCUGCUUGCUUAUGAUUGCUAUGAAAAACUCUCUUCAGCUGUAGAUGAGUUAUUUUGCGAUCUUCUUGCAGCUCAAAUGGAUCCUAUUGCUGCAAUUAAGGAGAAUGUAGAGAAACAUCCAAUUACAGGCUUACUCGAUGGUAGCGGCGAAUAUACUCUAAUCUAUGAGGAUGAUGAAGGUGACAGAAUGUUGGCUGGUGAUGUUCCAUGGGAAAUGUUUGUUUCCACAGCCAAGAGAUUGCGAGUACUGAGGAGCUCUGAAGUAUCAUCAGCGUCAUCAUCUAUGGGAACGGUCAAUAGGAAGAAGAAACCAACAUGAUUUUUUUACUUGAAUCAUACUGUACAAGCUUUAGCUAUGUGGCUUGUUCCUGCUUCAGUUAAGAGAUGAGCUUGAUUUUUUGUUUAAGUUUUAGCUAGUUUCCUAGAGGUAUUCAAGUAAAAAUGAUUUGGCUUUUUAUUAUUUGAACUUAGGCUUCAUUUGGGACGGCUUUCUUCCUGCUUCUUAAAGC